AUGGAGUUCAUGGGUUUGCACUUAACAUCCUCUUCUUUACUGACUCACACUUACGUUCUGGAGUAUCUGACCGCUGAGAUCCUCGAGCUGGCCGGUAACGCCGCCCGGGACAACAAGAAGACCCGCAUCAUCCCCCGACACCUCCAGCUGGCUGUCCGCAACGACGAGGAGCUCAACAAGCUGCUCGGUGGGGUCACCAUCGCCCAGGGAGGAGUCCUGCCCAACAUCCAGGCCGUGCUGCUGCCCAAGAAGACCGAAAGUCACAAAGCUUCCAAGGCCAAGUAAGCCAUCAGCAUAAAUCUCCAUUACAGAACCC